AAAGAGAAAACGUGUGUCAUUUAUCGUCGAUUUUAAUGGUGAGACCAAUGAAGCCAAUUGUAAUUGUCGAUUGUUUGAGUUUAAAGGAAUGGUGUGUAGACAUCAACUGAUAGUAUUCCAUGAUAGGGGAAUUCAAAGAGUACCUGAUAAGUAUGUCUUGAAAAGAUGGAGAAAAGAUGUGAAGAGGGUCCACACCAAAAUUCGAAUCAACUACGAUAACUCAUCAAGGACAAUUCAAGCACGUCGGUAUGACAACAUGUGCAAUCUCUUUAAUGAGGUUGCCGAUUUGGCGGAAGAUUGUGAAGAGAAGUAUGCUAAGGUGAUGGGACGGCUACGGGAGCUAAAACAAGAAUUAGUUGAAUCUUCGGUUGUUUGUGGAAGUAAUAUAGUUUUCGGUACUCCUAAUGAUUCCUUUCCAUUUGGAGAUGAAAUUCUAGCUUCCAAAGAGAGUAAGAUCAUCCUUGACCCAAAACCUCUUCGUCGAAAAGGGAGACCGACGUCUAAAAGAAAGCAAGGUUUUGUUGAAAAAAUUGGUAAGAAGAAAAGAGAACCAAAAAAGAAGACAUUGUCUAAUGAAAAAACGAAGGAGAUUGAGAAUAUUGCAGAUGGCCAUGUGUUUGGGACACAAGAGAGUGUUGGAAAUAGUUACCCAUGCUACAUGGGGCAAUUUAUGUGGCCCAACAUGAUGCUCCAUAAUAUGCAACCAACUAUGGCACAAGGCGGAGCUAUCCUCCCAUUUUCUCCAAGUAUGGCACAAGGCGGAGCCAUCCUCCCAAAUAUGGCACAAGGCGGAACCGGAGCAAGCUUUGACCAAUUUAUUACCAACUUCCCAACUUCACAAAGCAACAUGCCAAGUUUAUUCAAUAGUGAAGUUUGGAGAGGACAAUCAAGUAUCACGAGUAGUCAAGUUUGGGGAGGAGGGCAAUCAAGUUUAAUGGAAAGCCAAGGGCAGGGUUGGAAAGAAAGAAAAAUCUCUUUUACAGAUAUGUUGAAUGCAAAGGAUAACGGCAAAGAGUAGAAGACUUGCUUGUUGAUGUAGAAAGUUUCUUGUAUUUUGUUGGAAAGUAAUUUAUAAUGUAUGCAUUUCAGUUUUUGUUUCAUGUA